AUGUCCUCCAUUUCAGCAACGGCCUCGCACGGGUCCCUGCACACCCACGAGAAGCCGCUUAAUUCCAGCAACGUCGGCGGCAAGUUUAUCCAGCCAAAGGUCCAGCACAGGAAAGGACUCUUGGGAACACUUGCCAGGCACCAGAUUGAUGCCCCCUUGAUUGCCAUCCUGACGAUCCUCGGGACGUAUGCCCUCUUCCCCAAUUCAUUCGCCAAAAAGUUUCUAUUCUUCCAGGAAUACGACGCAAUCACAAACACAUACGAGAAAUCAUGGGAGGAUCUCUACUUUUGCUUGUUCUGGGUUACGGUGUUUACUUUUCUCAGAGCCGCCGUGAUGACAUAUAUCCUGAUGCCCAUGGCUGCCCGUUUCGGCGCGACAACCGACCGUUCGAUUCUUCGUUUUGCGGAACAGGGCUGGAUCUGUAUCUAUUACUCAUGUAGUUGGGUUCUUGGCAUGUACUGCAUCCAACUGACUCCCACAUGGAACAACUGGUUUGUGUGGUUCCACACCGACCAGUUCUUUGACAGCUACCCUCUCACUGCCCUGCCUGUCAUCACCAAGUACUACUACUGGCUUCAGUUUUCGUUCUGGAUCCAGCAGAUGUUUGUUCUCUGCAUUGAGGCUCCUCGCAAGGACUUUUUGGCCAUGAUCAGCCACCAUUUCGUUACGGUCUUGUUGAUUAUCUGCUCAUUCUUGCUGGACGUGACAACAUUCGGAACCGCCGUCUUUGUCUCGAUGGAUCUCGCAGAUGUUGUCCUCGCCCUGGGCAAGUGCUUGAAGUACGUUGGAAUGCCAGACAGCAUCUGCGACCCCGUCUUUGCAUGCUUCAUGUUCAUCUGGAUCUACACCCGCCAUUUCCUGUACGGCCAUAUCAUCUAUGCCUGGACCAUCUACGCUGGCGAGUACUACACCAAGACGACACACUACACUAUCACUGGACUCCUCCUGGUCCUCCAGUCGUUGAUGUUCUUUUGGCUGUGGUCGAUCUUCAGGAUUGUGUACAAGAUGUUUGCCAGCAAGGGAGGCGUUGUUGAUGACCGCAGUGAGGAUGAGGAGGAGAUCGUCACCGCGCCAGAACACGUUCACCACAACACUAAGCAGAGACGUUAA